AACAUUUACUAUAUAAAUUAAAAAAAAAAAUGGAACUUAUUGUUUGUCCACAUUUAUAAUUUUAACUCAGUUCGCAUCAAAAAAUUUAAUAUCUAAUGAAGUAUUAUUUUUUGAAAUCCCAAUUUACUUGGUAGCUUGUUUUCGUAUCUAAUUAGUGUAAAGAAUUUAAUAUUAUAUGACACGUUGAAGUUUAAGUAACCUUUUCUAUAUUAAAUAAUAUAAUGUCAACUCAAGGUAUUACUGAAGAAAAAGCUACUGUUCAAUUAAUGGAGACUAAUGUUGCAAAUUCUUCUAUCUUGGAUUUAAAUAAUCAAUUUAUGAGUACGCUUAGCAACUUGGAAAAAAGUGAUGCAAAUUUGCAAACUUCGAAUUUUGUACAACCAUCAAUAACUCUUAGUCCUAAAAGUUUUAAUGAUGUAUUAGCUUCCUUACAGAGUCUUAUAUUGAACCAAAACAAAAGUAAUAAUGAAACUGAAGAGUGUCUGCUUCCAGUUUUACAAGAACUGGAUAAAUUAAGUUUGACUUCUUAUUCUCUCACUUAUUUUAUUAGUCAUUGUUUGCCAAAUGAACAAACUGUAAAUGUUUUACUCCCAAUAAAUAAAUCUACAAGCGCCUGGUUAGCUGAUCUAUUCAGAUUCCCGAAUUGUGGUGUUUUUUAUACUGAAAACAUGAUAUUUAGUUAUGAAAAAGUGAUAUUGUUAGCACUUAACCGUAAAUUUGGACCAGAAUAUUUCCAGUCACAUACAAACCCAAUAAUAUAUUGCACACCGGAUCCCGUGUUGAUUGGCACUAUUAAAAGAGCAAUUUCACAAAUUGGCCUGAGUGAAAAAUGCAUACAAAUCAUUCCAAAUGUUUCAAACGCAUUAUAUCCAUAUAAAGCUGACGUAGAAGAAUUUGAAAAUAUUAUCAAAGGUGAUGUGGAAAACAAUAAAAAACCUUUGAUAGUAUUUGGUCGAGCAGGAGCUCAUGUUACUGGGCAAAUGGAUGACAUUUCUAAACUUAAGGAACUAUGUAAUAAGUACAAUGUAUGGCUACAUUUAUCAGGAGAUAAUUUAUCUGGUCUUGCACUAGCAUCUUCAAAGUCUCUAAGUACUCCUUUGGCUGACAGUAUGACCUUAACACCAAGCAUUUGGCUCAAUAUUUCAGGAUUACCUGUGGUGACAUUAUUUGAAAAACAAAGUGGUAGUACCGAAAUAUUAAAUAUUUAUAUGAGCAAAAGUUUGCCAAUAUGGACUUGUUUUCAAGUUUUAGGACUUGAUGCACUUGUACAUAGAAUACAGAAAAAGUUUGAGAUUUGUCAUCGCAUAUAUAAUUUAGUUAGUCGAUAUGAUUGUUUAAGAAUUUUGUGUGAAAUACAAGGACAUAUUGAUGAAUCAAGUGAAGAAAAUAUUGGUAACAUAAUUGCAUCAAAAGAUAACCUUCCAGAAUUAUUACAUAGCUUAUCAAGUUGCCUAAUCAUCCAAUUUGCACCUAAAGAUUGUACAGUGAAGGUCUCAUCAUAUUAUGAUAAGCUCAAUUCCUGGCUGGGACAAGUUUUAGAAAGAGAAAUACCUGAAGCUCCAUUAGAACUAUGUGAAAUUGAAAACAUUGGUGUUGUUGUGUCAUUUUCUCCCUUUACAAUUUUAAAUUCAUUGAUAACAGAAGAUGAUUGGGAAACAUUUUCUAUUUGUUUAGAUCAACAUAUUGAAAUUUUACAAGCUACUGUUGAUCAUAAAGAUAAGCUUAUGAAUCUAAUAACUGAAUUACCAUCUCUUGAGUUUGUUGAAGUAGAUGACUGGGCUGGACUUGGAGCUGUAAGAUAUAUUCCACAACAAUGGCAAAUAUCUGACCAACAAUUAGCUACAGAUCAAGCAAAACAAGACUUAAAUAGAUUAAACAUUCGAAUUGUUCAACAACUCAGAUCAAUUGAUGCUGCUUUUUCCUUAGGUGAAGGAAGCGAUGGAUUAGCUUGUGUAAGAUUUGGUAUGGUAACAGCAGACACAGAUGUUGCAGAGCUUUUAUCAUUAGUGCAAAGUACUGGAAUUAAAGAAGAAGAGUCCUCUAAAUAUAUUGACUCAAUGGCUGAACUAGUUAAAAAAGGAAUUGAAACAGCUACAGUAGAUUUAAAAAAAGAAAGUGAAGAUAAAAUUUGGCAAGAAGGAAUAUUAAGACAUGUUCCUGUAUUUGGUAGCUUAGUUAAUUGGUGGUCACCACCAACAAAAAAUGCAACGCGUGGUCGUUGGUUGGAUUUAGAAGCAGGUGUAGUUCGAUCUACAGAAAUUAUAUAUGAGAAAAAAGCACAAAAAGAUGAAAUUGAAAAUAAACAAAAAGAUUCUCAAAUUGUUCCCCCUUUUGAAUCACAAUAAAAUUUGGUAGAACUCUUACAAACUGUAUUUUGUAAUUUUUAUUUAUGGUCAGCUAAAUUGUAUGUACAAUUUACAUUAUAUAGAUUAUACUGUUCAUAAUUAAUUCUCUGACCUAUAUACUUAUUUAUUUAUUUUUUUACAUUUUUGUUUAUCAGAUUUUUAUAGUUACCAAAAAAUAACUUCAACAAUUUUAUAGUAUAUAUAUAUAUAUAUAUAUCUAUCUCCAAAAAAAAAAAAAAUUUAUUUGUUGUAUUUUAUUAAAAAUUCAAUUAUUUAUCUGAGAAUAGUAUUUUGUUAUACAUUUUACAAUUUCAUGUUAUUUGUUUUUGUUAACAUUUUUUGUGGUACCUUAAUUAUACAUAAAAAUUACAGUUGAAAACUA